AUGCCGAAAGCCAUCCUCAACCUGGCUGCAGAGAGCAGACCCCGUGGGCCCGCGCGGGGCCGUGAAGGCGGCGUCCCGCCAGCGCCACUGAACCCCGAUGGCUGCGCCUUCGGGACGGCCGCGCCCGAGCGCGACCCUGAACGCGCAACCGAGUAUCCAGCAGAGGUCGGGGGAGGCAUCUCGGUUCUCCAAAGUUCCUCAGAGUUCAACCAGUUCAACCACGGGGGAGUGGGCAGCAACUGCCAGCUGUUCGCCACGGUUCUGGGCAACCUGGAGUGGUUACGGUUCUGUCUCAACAGAGACCGCAGAACAAUCGCCACCGACAGCAAGGGCUUCUCUGCAUUGCACUUUGCUGCCCAGACCUGCAAGCUCGCCUGUCUGCAGGUCUUGAUUGAGGAAUUCAAGUUCCCCGUAGAUCUGUGCACCAACAGUGGCCAGACCCCUCUGCACCUGGUCAUCCACAGGGACAACAAGUUCAGAGCCCUCCCCUGCAUUCACUAUCUGCUCAGGAAAGGGGCCGCCCUCAACUGUCAGACGAACAACGGCUCGACGCCCCUGCACCUGGCCACCCGGGAAGGUUUGAUGAGCAUCGUGAAGGUCCUGGUCAAGAACGGCGCCGACGUCCAUGUCCGAGACACCAGGGGCUACAAGGCCAUCGACUACUGCAAGUUAUGGAACGACCGUCCCUGUGCCCGGUUCCUGAAGGAUGCCAUGUGGAGACAGGACAAGAGGGACACCUCCUCUGAGAAGGACAAACUGAAGCGGCUUAAGGACCAGCUGACCCUUAUGGAGCUGAACUUCCUGACCGAGUAUCAGAAAUCGCUGCAGAUUCGGAUCAACGAAAACUACAGGAAGUGGCUCCGUCGCAAGCUGUGCCUGCCCGAGCCUGCUCCAGCGUCCGCGAGCUCCGCCAGGGUCCCGCCGGUCCCCAACCUUGCAGAGAUGCUGCCUUCCAUGAGCGCCCGCUGCACCCAAGAAGCCCGCCGGCUGCUGGCGCAGCAGGAGCAGCCCCAGGCGAUCAGCAAGGGCCGCCGCACCCAGCUCCAGGAGGCCAGCAAGGGCCGCCGCACCCAACCCCAGGUCAAGCUUGCUGGGUGGAACUUCUGCACCAACCCCGCCAGGGCCCCCGUCGCCCAGAUUGGCCGCCCACAGGGCAUCCGUCUGGGCGUGCAGCCGGACCCAGACCCCGAGCACGACCUCUCCUGCUUCCUGGAGAUGAGUGUCCCCAGGCCAGGGCAGGUGCAGCUGCUGACGAGGACCGGCCAGAAGGUGGUGCCCCUGCCCCGGCUGCCUUUCGAGGUGAUCUUCAGCACCCUGUGCCCGUCCCAGCAGCCCUGCAGGAUGAGGGUGCCCGAGGGCCUCCGCCCCGAGGGCCUGAGCCCCGUGCCAGGGAAGCGGCACUGGGCUAACGCCUUCUGGACUGACACGCUGGCCAUGAACCUGCGCGAGACCUUUGAGGAUGCCUUCGUGUCUGCUGUGCGGGCCCAUCAAGAGCCCCCCAGCCCACCCGCCCCUGUGGGGCCCCCAUAA